AUGGAGACCGUUCUAGUCAUCGGAGCCACUGGAAAUAUCGGUGUCUCAGCCGUCACCGCUGCCUUGCGCUCCAAGCGCAAUGUCUUGGCCGUUGUCCGCAAUCAAAGCUCAGCAGAUAAACUCGUGAAGCACAUUGGGUCAUCAGAGGGGAUCACUUUCGUCGAAGCCAAUGUUCUCUCGGACUCGGGAGUGAAGGGUGUCGUUGAUCAAGUCCAAGCCGGCAAGCUCCCGGCUUUCCAGCAUGUGUUCUCCAGUGUUGGCGGCGAGUACACUGCCACUCCCCUCCCGGAGAUCACUACCGAGCAGCUACGGAGGAACUUUAACAGUUCCUUUGAAGCCAAUUUCUUCGCCUAUCGGGAUACCAUUAGAUAUCUGCUCGAAAAGAAGAACCCUAUCAGCACAUGGACCAUUUGUACCGGAUCCCAGGGCGAUGUGGCGACCCACGCAGUGCCGGCCAUGACACAAGGCGCCUUAUUCCCCUUCACCAAGGCCGCCGCCCGUGAGAACGAGUCGACGAACGUCCGUUUUAACGAAAUCUACCUUAGCUUCCGCGUUGAGGUGGAUACAGACGCGGUGCAACAUGGCGUUACGAAGGCAUCAGACUUUGGAAAUGUCUACGAAAUGAUCUUGGAAAAUCCCGAAGUCCGCAGCUCGCGCGUCCGGGUUGACGACGUUGAUGAUCUCAAAAAAUUGAAGUACGAGAAGAAGUUCUAG